AAUGAAUGUGAUUGAAAAACUACUAGGUGAUGCCAAUGCACUGGAGCGUGAUUGGAAGAUAGAAGCAUGUCUUAACGUGUGCGAUAGACUUAGGAGGUUUGUGGAGUGCCAGCCGAGCAGCCUUCUCUCAGACCGAGCCAGGGGGCAAGUGUUGGACAGACUGUACGAUGUGAUCGGACGUCUCUUUAUGGACACCAAGUGUUUUCAUACCGUCUUGGUCAGAAGUUGACAACGAGCAGCGGAUAGAAUUUAUCCUGCGUUCUCGCAUUGAUGACCCUCGCUUCAUCGACAGGGUGUACACCACGUACCUCCCACGGAUAUGGAACGUCAAGAGCCACUGAGAAGGCGUACAAGAUGGUGUCUGGUGUCUACAAGAUUGCACAGGAGUCCAGAAACCUCCUGUGGAGUUUCAACUUAGGAUUUCUGAUAGCAGUAUCAGUUCUGCUUGAGGGUAGCGUGGAGGAUGCCAAGAUGACCUUGACUGAGGUCAUGAUCGUAGCCCGCAAACUAGAGCGGGACGAUUGUGCUUCGUUCGUACAGAGGGUAAGAUAUACAAUACAUUAUGAUUUGGUAAUGGCCGGAGUGGAGGUGUGA